AUUAUUUCCUUCUAGACAAGAUGUUUAAAUAUGUGUUAGUGCAGUGUGUCCUAUACCUUAGCGUGAAAGGAUUUAAAGAGAUAAAUUUUCCAAAAGACAGAUGUGAAGGGCUAGAAGAACUGAGAAACCAAAUAGACUGCAAAUUUAAUCCUGAUGAUUAUUUGGAUGUUCCACAGAUCAUAAAAAGACAUGGUUAUCGCUCUGAAUCUCAUAUUUGUGUGACAGAUGAUGGAUAUUUACUAACACUGCACAGAAUACCAGGAAAAAAUGGAAAACAGGGUGAUCAACCUGUGUUACUGCAACAUGGUCUGUUGGGAAGUUCUGCGGACUGGAUUUUAAAUGGAAAUAAUUCUUUAGCCUUUUUAUUGGCUGAUCAAGGUUAUGAUGUCUGGCUUGGAAAUGCAGGAGGAAACACAUAUUCGAGGGGACACGUAUCUCUUCCCAUAUGGAAUGCACAAUAUUGGAACUUUAGUUGGCAUAAAAUGGGAGUUCUUGAUUUACCAACUGAAUUAUACUACAUCAGCAAUACAACAG